AUGUAUGACAGAAACUUCAGUCAACGGCACAUCCUAUUUCCCAAAGAAGGAGUCUCUGUGGAAAGAGAAUUGAUAGUGGGGAAAAAACUUUAUGAAUGUAAUCGGUGUGGGAAGGCCUUCAACAACAGCUCAUCUCUUAUUUCCCAUCAUGUGAUUCAUACUGGGGAGAAACCUUAUGAGUGUAAUGAAUGUGGGAAGGCAUUCAGGUGCAGUUCAACUCUUACUUUGCAUCAGAGAAUUCAUACUGGAGAGAAACCCUAUGAGUGUCAUGAAUGUGGGAAGGCCUUCCGCCUGAGGUCAAAGCUUACUCAGCAUCAGAGAAUUCACACUGGAGAGAAGCCUUAUGAAUGUAAUGAAUGUAGGAAGGCUUUCACCUGCAGCACAACUCUCUCUCGACACCAGAGAAUUCGUACUGGGGAGAAACCUUAUGACUGUAGUCAAUGUGGGAAGGCCUUCUUCCAGAGGGCACAUCUUACUCAACAUCAAACAAUUCAUACGUGAGAGAAACCCUAUAAAUGCAAUGAAUGUGGAAAGGCCUUCUUCUUGAAGGCAGAACUAAUUGUACAUCAGAGAAUUCACACUGGAGAGAAACCAUAUCAAUGUAAUGAAUGUUGGAAGGCCUUCUGUCUGAGCACACAGCUUAUCCGACAUCAGGCAGUUCAUACAGGUGAGAAACCUUUUGAAUGUAGUGAAUGUGGGAAGGCCUUCUGUGAGAGGUCUAAGCUUACUCAACAUCAAAGAAUUCAUUCUGGAGAGAAACCUUAUGAGUGUAAGGAAUGUGGGAAGGCCUUCCACCUAAGCACACUGCUCACUUGACAUCAGACAAUCCAUUCUGGAGAGAAACCUUAUGAAUGUCAUGAGUGUGGGAAGGUCUUCCGCCUCAGCACCCUGCUCACCCAUCAUCAGGCAAUCCACACGGGAGAGAAGCCUCAUGAAUGCACUGAAUGUGGGAAGGCCUUCCGACAGAGAACAGAACUUACCCAGCACCAGAGAAUUCACACUGGAGAGAAACCAAAUGAAUGUAAGGAAUGUGGGAAAGCCUUCUACCUGAGCAAACAGCUGAUUCUGCAUCAGAGUAUUCAUACUGGAGAAAAUAAUUAUGAAUGUAAUGAGUGUGGAAAAGCUUUCAAUUGCAGCUCAGCUCUGACUCGACAUCAGACAAUUCACACUGGAGAGAAACCUUAUGAAUGUCAUCAAUGUGGGAAGGCCUUCAGGUGCAGUUCAACUCUUAAUUUGCACCAGAGAAUUCAUACUGGAGAGAGACCUUAUGAAUGUAAUGAAUGUGGGAAGGCUUUCUCUGAGAGGCGAAAGCUCACCCAACAUAAGAGAAUGCACACUGGUGAGAAACCUUAUAAAUGUAAUGAGUGUGGGAAGGGCUUCAACUGUAGCACUACCCUUUCUCGACAUCAGAUAAUUCAUACCGGGGAGAAACCUUUUGAAUGCAAUGAAUGUGGAAAGGCCUUCAACCGAAGUGUGACACUCACACGCCAUCAGAUGAUUCACACUGGGGAGAAACCUUACAUUUGUCAUGAGUGUGGGAAGGCCUUCUGCCUGAACAAGCAGCUUAUCCAACACCAGACGAUUCAUGUUGAAGAGAAAUGUUAUUAAUUUAAAUCCUUAUGAGUGAAAUGGUUAUAAGAAUUUUGGCCAGGUCAUGUACUUCAGGGAAAAUUGGGGAAUUCAAUGCAUGUAAUGGUGGUCGACUUUCCUAUGCUAGCUUUUCUAAACCUUUCACUUGUGUUAAGCCCCCCAUCGCCUUACUCCAACAACUCCCACAUUUCAGCUAAUUUGCUUUGCAGAUUGUGUUGAUGUGACAGGAACUUGCUUCCUCAACUCCAUUUUAAAAAAUUCUCAGCAUCAUUAUCUGGCCUCUUUUCCCUUCUAGUCCCUGGGGAAUAGCUCUCCACGCUUUGCUUGCUAAGGCUAAUUCCUUUUCCUGGCCCAUCAUUCUGUUCUUCCCUACUCAAAGGGUGACUCCAGUGAGGUUGGAGAGGCUUGAGCAGUGGCUAGAGCAGAGUAGCCAACAUCAAGGAAAAAGGAGAGAAGAAUACAGAUUCAGUGUCUGAACUCAGAUUGCUGAUGGCUGCCCAGAGGAGGGACCAGAGACCCGCCACGUCACUUGGGAGCAGGAGAUCCCUCAAUGUACAGAAACCAAGAAGUGGAACAGCUUUAGAACAAAUGAAUAAAUGAAAAAGUCUUUAUUAAGCACCUACUGUGUGCCAAGCACUCAUGGGGAGGGCAAGUCUGUAAGAAAUUUCCAGAAAUGUAUUGGUUUGGCUUCUACUUGUAAAUUGGUUGAGGGCUGCUUUGUCGCAAGACAAGUGGGAGGCAUAUAGCCCACAUAAGGUUUGUAGUAAUGCAGUUUGAUUUUAUAUAUACAUAUACAUGUGUGUGUGUGUGUGUGUACUUCUUUGGUCAUGAAUAAAGACUACAU